CUAACAUUCAUUUCUUUUAAAACAUGAGCCCAAGUAUAAUUUGUCCGCCAUAGCAUGCAAGUGCAGCAAAAACCAAAAAGUGCUGAAGCUUUAUCUAAUCCGAAAAACACGAUGACUCCUUAAAUGACUGUCACUCCAGGAGCAGGGAGAGCCGGAGAGGGAGAGGCACAAAGAAGAGAAGAGCAGAGCAAAAAGUAUAAAAUAAACAGAGAAGAUGAGAGGGAUUUCAACCGUUUCUCAAUCUCAACACUGGCACCCAACAACAAUCAACGUCUCCACAGAUCUCAGAAAAGUUUCUGUCCAGUUCAAAUUCAUCAAACCUAAUCCCUCGUCAAGAAAACAUAAUAAGAAGUUGUCAAUUUGCUGCCUUUCAGUGAAAUCCGAGCCACCCAUAGAGAAGAAACCAUUGGUGGUGGUUGGAUCAGCCAAUGCAGACAUCUAUGUGGAGAUUGACAGGCUGCCGCAGGAAGGGGAGACCAUCUCAGCCAAGAGCGGGCAGACAUUGGCUGGUGGGAAGGGGGCUAACCAGGCUGUUUGUGGCGGGAAGUUAGAAUAUCCGACCUAUUUUAUAGGUCAGGUGGGUGAAGAUGCUCAUGGGAAGUUGAUUUGCGAGGCACUUGAGGGCGGUGGCGUGUUUGUCGAUCACCUCAGGGCGGUGGCGGAUGUACCCACUGGCCACGCUGUGGUGAUGCUCCAAGGGAACGGCCAGAAUUCAAUCAUCAUCGUUGGUGGUACCAACAUGUCUUCUUGGCCAAAGACGAUUCCCGAUGAGGAUUUGGAGGUGGUGAGGAAUGCUGGGAUUCUCCUCCUCCAGCGAGAAAUUCCUGAAUCUGUUAACAUUCAAGUAGCAAAGGUUGCUAGGAGUGCUGGUGUUCCAAUUAUUCUGGAUGCUGGUGGUGUGGAUGCUCCAAUCCAUUCAGAACUUUUACAUGCUGUUGAUAUUUUCAGCCCAAAUGAAACUGAGCUUGCUCGGUUAACGGAAAUGCCAACGAAAAACUUUGAACAAAUCAAACAAGCUGUACAGAAAUGCCAUGAACUGGGCGUUAACCAAGUUCUGGUAAAACUCGGGGACAAAGGAUCAGCUCUUUUUUGUAAGGGAGAGGAAGAACCAAUUAUACAGCCCAUAGUUAAAGCUGAGAAAGUCAUUGAUACAACUGGGGCAGGGGACACUUUUACUGCUGCUUUUGCAGUGGCACUUGUGGAAGGAAAAUCCAAAAAGGAAUGCCUGGCUUUUGCAGCAGCAGCAGCAUCUCUAUGUGUUCAAGUCAAGGGGGCCAUUCCAAGCAUGCCUGGAAGGAGAGAAGUUUUGAAUCUUCUGCACUCUCUAUGACAAAAGGCUGUCUUGGAAUGAUGAAACAUUACUUUUGAUCAUUAACUCAAUUAGUUACCAUCCCACCUGCUUUCCACCAAGUAAGAAUGUCCAACUCUGGACAUUCUUCUUGAAAGUAAUGUUAGCUGACAUUGAUAGUGAACUACAUACGCGCACAGCAAAUUGGAUUAUUAUUUUUUAUAGGGAAGUUUUGUAUUUGUUCUGCAAGUUUAUCCUAACAUUUGACGUUGUAUCUUGUGCUUUAUUCUACUCGUAUUUUACUUUGCA